AUGUCAAAUACAAACUCACUAUUACUAUGUAUUAAUAUAGCAUUAGUUUGCAUCGCAACCAGUGUUGCCGUAGACACCGACACCGACCCGGAAACUGCCGGAACGGUUAGCGUACGUAUAAAACACGGUGUAAUUAACGGACGGCGACAGUCAUACGAGGGCCGGGAUGUGGACGUAUGGCUGGGUAUACCGUACGCCCAGCCGCCCAUCGGUAAGCUCAGGUUUCGCAAGCCUUUACCUGUGCGACAGCCGUGGGAACAGCCCCUGGAGGCUACCCAAUGGCCACCGGCGUGCUAUCAAGUAAAAAUUCAUCAAGAUUUCUACAACACCAACAUGAGCGAGGACUGUUUAUACUUGAAUAUAUGGUCGCCCAGUGGGCACCCCCUGCAAGCCCAGGAACCCAUACUAAAGCCGGUGAUGCUUUGGAUACACGGCGGGGGUCUGGCGUUUGGCUCGGCGUCCGAACACUUCUACGACGGCCGGGUAUUGUCGGCGUUGGGCGACGUCGUGGUGGUCACCAUAAACUACCGACUAGGGGUGUUUGGCAUGAUGUAUACGGGUCAGGACGGUCCGGCACCGGGCAACAUGAUUUUCUGGGAUCAAUCGCUGGCCAUGGAGUGGGUUCGCGACAAUAUCCGCUACUUUGGCGGCGAUCCCCAUAGGGUUACGCUGUUUGGCGAGUCAGCCGGCGGUGUGUCCGUUGGCCUACACCUGGUUUCGCCGGUCACCCGACACCUCUACCAGAACGCUAUAGUGAUGUCUGGCGCGCCGUUUAUUGACCGUUUUCUGACAACCAGGGACGAACUAGAGGCUACGUGGGUUAGAGGUGUACGCCAGUUAGGUUGCCGUGACAACAAUAAUAAUGAGCAAGAUAAAUUUACACCGGAAUUGAUACAGUGCCUUAUCCGGCAACCGGCCGACAAGUUGGUCACCCUAUACGGGCUAUUGGGCGACAAAACCGGUAGUCUAUUAAACAUUAUAAUCGACGGCGAAUUUUUGCCCCGCAAUCCGCGCCAUAUGUUUUCGGACGGCGAUUACAAACGCGGUGUAAAUCUGAUGAUCGGAGGGGUGGAGGACGAGGGCUCUAUGGUGUUAGGGAUGGCUGAUCCGCAACGGUAUGACAAGUGGGCGCCGGCGCCCAUCACUGGCGAACAAGUGUUGGCCGAUUUCCGGGCGAUUAUACCAUGGUUUACCACUGAUGCCUCGCAUAUUGACACCGACUCUACUAUAAAGCAUUAUUUCCACGGCCUAACCGACCCGAGUGCAAUCCGGUGCCGCGCGGGUGUGGCCAUUGGCGAUCUGUUCCUCACCUGUCCGACCAUUUUAAUGGCCAAAGCCGUACACCGGGGCGACCCCACAGCCCGAGUAUAUCACUAUCAUUACACGGCCAAAAUGGGUGACCCAAAGCUGUUUGCCAGCUCAUGGAUGACUGGUGCCGGUCAUUUUGAUGAUAUUUACCCUGUGUUUGGCGUACCAUUGGUUGAUGAGCACCGGUAUGUCGACGGGGAGCGCCUGGUGUCAAGACAAAUGAUUGGUAUAUUUAGUGAGUUUGCAUAUAAUGGAAGUCCCCGAUCGCAAGGGGGCGCUGAAUGGCACGCGUACUAUACCGUUGGCGGCAAUGUUAUUGCCCCCUAUUUUGAGAUUACGGGUGACACACCUGUGGCUACUAAUUAUGGUAAUAAUUUAAAGGAGAUUGAGUGCGAGGUUUUAUGGAAAAGUGCCCUGGUUAAUUAG